CUCGCGCAAGUCGAAUAGCUUCACCAUGGCCGCUUCGACGACCCGUUUGAGAUCUCUCUACUCCUCCACAUCAAGGGCUGUGUCCCAUCCGGGAGCAGUCGCCCCCAUUGCCUGUCGCAGCUAUGCCACGACAGACCCUUCGCCAUCCGCCACCGGUGCUCCGGGCACGACGCCGCGUCGCCGAACCACCUUCAAGGAUAAGCUGAAUGCCGGUCCCUCCUUCUCAGACUUCGUCUCCGGCGGCGCCGACGAUGCCCCCCUCGAUCCCUCCGAAGCCUACGCUCUCAAAACCGCCAUGGUCGGGCCCGCCGGCCGCAAGAAGGAAAUGACUCGCCUGCCGUCCUGGCUGAAGACCCCCAUCCCCGAUUCGAAGAACUACCAGCGUCUGAAGAAGGACCUGCGCGGUCUCAACCUACACACCGUCUGCGAGGAGGCCCGCUGCCCCAACAUCUCCGACUGCUGGGGCGGCAGCGACAAGUCCGCCGCUACCGCCACCAUCAUGCUCAUGGGCGACACCUGCACCCGAGGCUGUCGCUUCUGCAGCGUCAAGACCAACCGCGCCCCCGCGCCGCUUGAUCCCCACGAGCCCGAGAACACCGCUGAGGCCAUCUCGCGCUGGGGCCUGGGCUACAUUGUCAUGACCAGCGUCGACCGGGACGAUCUGGCCGACGGCGGUGCCCGCCACUUCGCCGAGACGGUCAUCCGCACCAAGCAGAAGGCGCCGAACAUCCUCGUCGAGUGUCUGACCGGUGACUAUAGCGGGGAUACUGACAUGGUGGGCCUGGUGGCUCGCUCCGGGCUGGACGUGUACGCGCACAACGUCGAGACGGUGGAGGCCUUGACGCCGCAUGUUCGGGACCGUCGGGCCACGUUCCAGCAGUCGAUCCGGGUGCUGGACGCGGCGAAGAAGGCCCAGCCGUCGCUUAUUACGAAGACUUCGCUGAUGCUGGGCCUGGGCGAGACCGAGGAGCAGCUCUGGGAUGCCCUGCGGCAGCUGCGCGCUGUGAACGUCGACGUCGUCACCUUCGGCCAGUACAUGCGUCCCACGAAGCGUCAUAUGGCGGUGCAUGAGUACGUCACGCCCGAUCAGUUCGAGCUGUGGCGCCAGCGCGCGUUGGACAUGGGCUUCCUCUACUGUGCCUCGGGUCCGUUGGUUCGCAGCAGCUACAAGGCCGGUGAGGCGUUCAUUGAGAACGUCUUGAAGAAGAGAAGGGCGGCGGCUACUGGAGCCCCAGGGGAGCAGACAGUCAGCGAUACGAAAGUUGCCGUGGACGAGGCAACGCGCUGAUAGGUCUCUUUUUUCUUACUGUAAUACUUCCCGUUGGUUCCCGAGGCUCCUCUCGGCUGUGAUUUGCUUUGAUCGGCGCAGGUUUCUUCACUUUUGUUAUAAAGCAUUACCGGUUUCAUUUCUGAUGGUUUAAAAUAUUUCAUCGUCUGUUUCAUUUUUGGUGUAUUGUUGCUAUUUGACAGCUAGGGACUGUCAUUUCAGGGUGGACACUCUAUUCGAUUUUACAGGAACUUGGUUACUGGGACGGAGAGGCAACCAAAUAGAAGGGCUUUCUCGUCUCAUCAUGUAGAGAUAAUAAGUAUUGAGCCCAGUUUCAACACGAUAGAUUCAAAUUCGAAUCAACUUCAUCAUAACGUGCCAU